AUGUCAUCUGCAGAGAUGGAGCAAUUGCUACAGGCUAAGACGCUGGCCAUGCACAAUAAUCCAACGGAGAUGCUGCCCAAGGUGCUCGAGACUACGGCAUCCAUGUACCACAACGGUAACCUCAGCAAACUGAAGUUGCCUUUGGCCAAGUUUUUCACACAGUUGGUUCUAGACGUAGUGUCGAUGGACUCGCCAAUUGCGAAUACAGAGAGACCGUUUAUUGCUGCUCAAUAUCUGCCACUACUUCUUGCUAUGGCUCAGUCCACCACGGACGUGCUAGUGUAUAAGAACAUCGUGCUUAUUAUGUGCGCUUCAUACCCGCUGGUGUUGGAUCUGGUUGCUAAGACUUCAAACCAGGAAAUGUUUGAUCAGCUGUGUAUACUGAAGAAGUUCGUGCUCUCGCACUGGAGAACUGCGUAUCCUUUACGUACCACCAUUGACGACGAAAGUGAUGUUGAGCAAUGGCUAGUGCAGAUUGAUCAGAAUAUCGGCGUGAAAUUAGCGACUAUCAAGUUCAUGUCUGAGGUCGUGUUGUCACAGACCAAGUCUUCCGGCGGCAACGAGAUUAAUUCAUCUACCAUCCCCGAUAACCACCCUGUGUUGAACAAAGCAGCCCUGGAGAGCGAGGCUAAGAGGCUCCUGGAUAUGCUGCUAAACUACCUAAUCGAAGAACAAUACAUGAUCUCGCCCGUUUUCAUCGGCAUCAUCAAUUCCUUAUCCUUCGUCAUCAAGAGAAGGCCGCAGACAACAAUAAGAAUUCUUUCCGGACUGUUGCGUUUCAACGUGGACGCCAAGUUUCCCCUAGAGGGAAAAUCUGACCUGAAUUACAAGCUAUCCAAGAGAUUUGUUGAAAGAGCCUACAAGAAUUUUGUGCAAUUUGGGUUGAAAAAUCAAAUCAUUACCAAGUCCCUCUCAUCCGGAUCAGGGUCAUCGAUCUACUCCAAGCUCACCAAGAUUUCUCAGACUUUACAUGUAAUUGGUGAGGAGACCAAGAGCAAGGGAAUUUUGAACUUUGACCCUUCCAAGGGCAAUAGCAAAAAAUCGCUGUCCAGGCAGGACAAACUAAAGUAUAUCUCGCUAUGGAAAAGACAACUAUCCGCGUUACAAUCUACUCUAGGCAUGUCCACCAAUACUUCCACGCCUGUUUCUGCACCUACAAUGGGGUCUUCAACUGAAAACAUGCUUGAUCAACUAAAAAUAUUGCAGAAAUACACCCUCAACAAGGCCUCACAUCAGGGAAGCACUUUUUUCAACAACUCUCCCAAACCGAUCAACAACACCUACUCGUCCGUGUACUCGUUGAUGAACAGUUCGAACUCCAAUCAGGAUGUGACCCAGCUUCCCAAUGACAUGCUCAUCAAGCUGUCCACAGAGGCCAUCUUACAAAUGGACACUACGAAAUUGAUCACCGGAUUGUCCAUCGUUGCUUCAAGGUACACAGAUCUGAUGAACACAUACGCCAAUUCCGUACCGUCCUCAUCGUCAUCAAAGAGGAAAUCGGACGAUGAUGAUGACAGCAGCAACGACAAAGAAGUUGGAGUCGAUGACACAGCGGCUGAUAAUAAGAAAAUCAAAAGGGAAACAGAGGAACUAGCGGAGGAACCCGAGGAACCUGAAGACGAUGAUCGAAUGCAGAAGAUGCUACAACAAGAGGAGAGUGCCCAAGAAAACUCAGGCGAGGCCAACGGAUCGAGUUCUGCAACAAAGGAGAUCGCACCUCCUUUUGAACCUGACUCAUUGACACAGGAUGAAAAACUAAAGUACCUCUCCAGGCUGACCACCAAACUCUUUGAACUAUCCAGUCACCAGGAUAUCACUCCGGCAAAAUCUUCAUCUUCUUCCCCCAUAUUACUGGACGAUGACGACUCCUCGUCAUGGCUACACGUCUUGAUCAGACUGAUUACGAGAGGAAUCGCAGCACAAGAGGCCAGUGACCUAAUUCGUGAAGAACUGCUUAGCUUCUUCAUCCAAGAUUUCGAACAACGCGUCAGUUUGAUCAUCGAAUGGCUCAACGAGGAAUGGUUCUUUCAAACCUCGCAGCGUCAAGAGCCUUCCAACUACAAAAAAUGGUCUUUGAGAGUUCUCGAGUCCCUGGGUCCAUUCCUUGAAAACAAGCACAGACGAUUCUUCAUCAGACUUAUGAGCGAACUGCCCAGUCUUCAAUGCGACCAUCUCGGGGCACUGAAGCCUAUCUGCCUGGACCCGGCAAGAAGUUCCCUUGGCUUUCAAACGCUAAAGUUUCUCAUUAUGUUUAGACCUCCAGUGCAGGACACUGUCCGCGACCUGCUGCAUCAACUCAAGCAAGAAGAUGAAGGCUUGCACAAGCAGUGCGAUUCACUGCUCGACAGGCUAAAGUGA